CCAUCAUCAUCAUGUUCGCCACCAAGUCCUUCGCUCUCCUCUCCGUCAUCGCGGCCCUCAGCGCGCAAGUGGCUGGUUACUCCGGCUACCCGAGCUACUCGCCCGGCGGCUCGUACCAGGGCGCCGUCGCCCCGUGCCCCGCCGCGUCCGUCAAGUUCACCACCGUGCGGCCGACGUCCACGGUCACCACGACCGCGACCACAACCGUCACCGCGGCCGCCGAGCGCAAGCGCGGCGAGUACAACCCGCACGGCGACGCGUACGCCACGCUCGCCGCGCGCGACCCCGUCGUCACGCCCACCACGACCGUCACCGUCGUGAAGACGAGCACGUCGACGGGCACGACCAUCAAGACGGUCACGAGCACGUCGACGACGACGAGCACGCUGAAGACGACGCUCACUGCGACCACCACGGCGCGGGUUACGUCGACGAGCACGGCGACGAGCACGAUCACCAGCCCGGUGACGAAGUUCGUUACUGCGACGGAGACAGGCACGCGUACCGCGACUGUUACGUCGUUCACCACUGACGCGGAGACUUCUACCGCGACGGAGACGACCACUGUUGGAGAGACCACUGUCACGGAGGGUGUCGCGCGUCGGGCCAUGUACACUGCGGCUUGA